AUGAGCCCAAUCUUUCCCAUAAAUGAUCACAAAGAUUCCGCUCCAUCAACAACAGUCUCCCCUGAUCCUCUUCGAAGCUCUCAUGCCUGCCCUACGACGCCACCAACUCCAGCGCUCAUCCCAGACACCCAAGGUCGAUUUGACUGGAGAACUAUUCCAAGACGCCACUCCAUCGACCAGUACUCUCAAUUGCCUUUGGGGAAACCGUCACCCAGGCCUUCUGUGCAACACACCUUUGGGGCAGCGUCGAUAGAGGCGAAAAAUGGAAUCGCCUCCCGCAAAGAGGCCGUGCGAGAAGUUUUUAAGCGAUGUUGGAAGUCUUACAAAGACCGAGCAUGGACGAAAGACGAGCUUGCUCCUAUCUCUGGUGGAGCUAGAUAUACCUUUGGAAGUUGGGGAGCCACCCUAGUCGACACCUUAGACACCCUUUGGAUCAUGGAGAUGAGGCAGGAAUUUGCAGAAGCUGUUGAUGCUGCUGUCCAAAUCGAUUUCGGACCGAAGAUCGAUGGCGAGAUCAACGUGUUUGAAACAAUUAUACGUUAUCUCGGAGGCUUUAUAGGUGCCUACGAUGUAUCCGGCUGUCAUGAUGCACGACUCCUGAACAAGGCUAUCGAGGUCGCAGACAUGGCAUAUGCCUCAUUCGACACACCAAACAGGAUGCCAGUCUCGAGAUGGAGUCCCAAAAAAGCCGUAAAUGGGGAAGAACAACUACCAGCAGAAUCAGUGCUGAUCGCUGAAGCGGCCUCUGCCAGUGUGGAAUUCACCCGCCUCUCGCAACUCACUGGAGAUAUGCGAUAUUUCGAUGCCAUCUCAAGAGUGACAAAUGUGCUUGAUAAGCAACAAGGAUCAACCAAACUUCCAGGCAUGUGGCCUAUCAGUGUGAACAUGCGAAAGCCAGAUUUAACUUUUGAUGGUUUCUUCGGCCUUGGUGCGAUGGCAGACUCCGUGUACGAAUAUCUUCCGAAGAUGCAUCAACUACUCAACGGGAUCGGUCCAGUAGCAGCACAGUAUCACAGGAUGUACGAGUAUGCAAUGUCUACUGCGAUAACCCAUACAUUGUUUCGUCCCAUGGUGCACGACAAUGCAGAUAUCUUGAUCGCCGGUGCUAACGUAGAUGGAAAGAGGGAUGACAAGGGCCAGCACCUUGUAUGCUUUGCUGGUGGCAUGUUUGCUCUUGGUGGGCGGCUCUUUGAAAAUACUACCCAUAUCGAUAUUGGUCGUAGGAUCUCGGAAGGCUGCGCCUGGACAUACAAGAAUGCACCAAAUGGAAUCAUGCCAGAAGUCUUCUCGAUGACCGCGUGUCCUACUUGGUCGGCAUGCGAUUAUACUUCCCAACCUGACUCGAGUCCUUUCAGCGAGGUUGGUGACGGGAGGUACGUUCUCAGGCCUGAAGCGAUUGAGUCGAUAUUCUACAUGUACCGAAUCACGGGCGAGGCAAAGUAUCAAGAUAUCGCAUGGGAGAUGUUUCAGGCAGUUAGCAGCCAUACUCGGACGGAAUUCGCCAACGCUGCGAUCAGAGACGUCAUGAAGACGCCAGUGGAGAAGUAUGACAGUAUGGAAAGCUUCUGGCUGGCCGAAACACUAAAAUACUUCUACCUUAUCUUCAGCGAACCUGACGAGAUAAGUCUGGACGAUUUUGUUCUCAAUACCGAAGCGCACCCAUUCAGGAUACCGUCCCGAUAG